GGUGAGCGCUCGGCCGCGGCCACGUUGGCCGCCUGGCAGCAGUACCGCCAUGCCUGCGAGCUGCGCCUCCGCCACGACCCCCCGGCCCCUGGGCCCGUCUGCAAUCGCAGUUUCGACAUGUACGUGUGCUGGGGGGACGCGGCACCCAACAGCACCGCCACCGCCCCGUGCCCGUGGUACCUGCCCUGGCACCACCGAGUGCAGGGCGGGGUGGUGGUGCGACGCUGUGGCCCCGACGGGCAAUGGGUGACGGACGGCAGCGGGCGGCCCUGGAGGGAUCAUUCGCAGUGUGAGGACACGGAGCAGGAGACGCCGCUGCAGCGGCAGGCCUGGCUGCUGGAGCAGUUCCGCCUGGUUUACACCGUCGGUUACUCGGUGUCCCUGGUCUCCCUGCUCCUCGCCCUCCUGUUGCUGCUGCUCUUCAGGCGCCUGCGGUGCACCCGUAACUACAUCCAUGCCAACCUGUUCCUCUCCUUCGUGCUGCGGGCGGGCGCCAUUUUGACACGGGAUGCUCUGCUGCACCGCCACCUGCGGCCCGGGACCACCGACCCACUGCAGGUCCUGAGCCAGGAG